UUGAAUUAUUUUUAUUUCGAAACACGGGCAGAUGGCUCUCGUUGCAGCCGAGGCCAUAAAAGAUUCAUGAUAUAAUUUCGCGUUCAGCCCACACAAAAAUUUUCUUCAACAGUAUCCGCUUUAAAAUGCUGUAUAUCUCGAUCUAAUGUGAAAAUGGAGUCGACGGCUUUAACGUCGUCCAGGUUUCUUCCAUAAGAGGAAGCGUCUAAUUUGAAGUAUUUCUAUUUGGAAAUGUCCCGGAAAUAGACCAUACAAUUUCUGCAUGUAAAUCCCGUUUAUGCAAAAACCGGCGAAUAAAAAAAUAGCUUCCCACGGAUUGUAAUAUAUACUGAAACACCAAUGGAGGUAAAGUUUCAAAUUUAAAGUGUUGAUUGAAGAAGACAGACGUAUCACGGUAGUGAUAGUGCCUUUCUUUACCCGCACAUUGUCGAUGUUUCCCGUGAUUGAACAGGUCAGGUAAAGUGAAAAUUUUGUAUAAUAUAACACACACAGGAAUCUGGCGGUCGCGUAUACAAAAUUAAUCCCGAGCUGACAGGCAAUAAGAGAUAAUUACAAAGCCUAUAAACGAAGGAAUAUAAUAACUUACGGCAAAUCGAAAUCUGAAAGUUUCUAUAUAUGAUCAAAAACGUUUGGACCCUAACAUACAUAUAUAUGGACGAGAUCAGGUCUAAGCUGACAGCCAUGAAGAGGAGAUAAUUGCAAAGCUUAUAAAUUAAAGAAGAAGUGUAUCUAAGAUUGUAAAUGCAAGAGAGAAAGGAAUAAAUGAAAGAACAUCUUAACCUAUUCUGAUGAUCAGUGCCAUGUUUGCUUAAAGAUUUUCACUGGCGAUCAGAAUUUGCAACACAAGUAACUUCAUUGAAGAUAGCUAGAGCCAUCAUUUCAAGAAUACGAUCUACGACGAUUAUACACUGACCGGGUAAAGAUUGUCAUGCAGAAAAACAUAAAUUAGGAAAUCAAGAUACACUUUCAGGAGCUUUGUUUACAAUUGCAGAAAAAAAACAACAAACGUGAGGUAAAGAUAAAGAGAAAACAUAUAUACACAUAUCUACAAAUUCAAACGAUUUUGCUUUAUAUUAAAACAUAUUUUGAAAAGAAAUUCUACACAAAUAAUUGUACGAUUCAUUUUAUACAUCAAACUAAUAAAAGAACUUAUAACCAAGAUCACCUGACAACAUUUCGAAAAGAAGCAUAUACGAUUACGAACCCGUGCAUAAUGAGAAAAUUUGAUAAACGAAGCAUCAGUGAAUAACUCAUAUAUUAUAACAUUGAAAAAAUUUCAAGAAGAAAUCAGCAGAAAUAAAUUGAACACUACAUUGAAAUAACACAUUGAAGCAUCAAUUCUAAGAAUGGUAACUUCAAGUGGAAAGAUGUUACAAGAAUUGUUUAAAGGCGAGGACAGGCCUAAUAUGUUUGUGAAAAGUCCAAAACGACAAAAGAGUCAUUUUGACAUGUUAAAACGAUGUUUCUCCCAAGAUUAUAAAAGCGAGAUGGAAUUUCUAGGAGGGAAACUCGCAACACUAUGCUACUGCGGAGCGUUCCUAAGUUUUGGAAUAUCAGAGGCGAUAAUUGGACCAACGUUAUUGGAGCUAGGCUGUCUGACUGGACGCGGGGUGAAUAGGAUAGCAUGGAUCGUUUUCACUCAAGCAUUUAGUGCAUGGUUUGGAUCGCUCACUGGAGGCUUGCUAGCUGAGAGAUAUAACUGCAAUCGAGUGCUCGUCACGAAUGUCUUGGCAAUCAGUAUAUGUCUGGCCUUUAUACCAGUGUGGUCAAACUAUUAUGGAAUGUUAAUCACGGUUGGCUUAUUGGGAAUUAAUAUGGGGAUGAUAGACACAGUUGCAAAUGUAAAUCUCAUCAAAAUACAUGGAAGAGAGGUUGCGCCAAGAUUACAGGCCCUUCACUUUUGCUACGGUAUGGGCGCACUUCUAAGCCCUAUGAUUGUUCGUCCGUUUCUACGGGACAAAUGCGAUGGAACAGUGGUGAUUCAGAACUCGACGAAUUCUACGACAGAAAGAAAUAUAACAAUGUUUAAUCUAACAACGACGAUUUCAAAAGAGCCAGUCACAGUGCAGUUUGGUUAUUGGAUUAUCGCAUCGAUACAAAUUCCAAUCAUUCUUGGCCUGGCAUUCCUUGUUUUCAAGCAGAAGCGACUCCGUGAGACAUUUCCUGUUCAAAAUGAAGGGGAGAUCAUUUCAUUAGCAGGCAAUAAUUCAGAAAACACGAGCGGGGAAAUGAAAGAUCUUAGUCAGAUUUUUAAGCCGGUCAGUUUACUACCGGCUAAAAGACCCUGGAUUACAAUCUCCGUACGGGUUUUACUCAUCACAUUUCUAUCUUCUAGUUUGCUCUUCUUAUGCGAAGGUCUAAAGGGUAGCUUUGCUGGUUAUCUUUAUACGUUUGCUUUGAAAAGUGAAGUCCAUUUUACAAGUCGUCAAGGAGCUUUCCUAAGCGCUCUGUUUUGGGGCCAUUUUGCAGUUGGUCGUUUUAUAUCUAUUCCUGUAGCAAUCUUUAUUAAACCAGAUAGAAUGGUUUGCAUAAAUUUGGUUGGAUGCUUAAUGUCAAUGUCAGUUGUAUUGUAUUUUCACGACAAAGCACUUGCCAUAUACAUUGGGACAAGUCUGUUUGGACUGUUUAUAAGCAGCGUGUUUCCUUCAACCUUAGCUUUGGCAGAAUUAUAUAUCAAUGUAACAGGUCCUGUGACAAGCGUGAUUGUCAUUGGCUCUGCAACUGGAGAGAUGGUGAUUCCAAUGAUUGUUGGAAAGCUUUUCAUCAAAGAUGGUCCAAUUUAUUUCCUGGUAGUUGGUUUGAUUACGUGUAUCCUAGCCCUGAUGAUGUACGUUGCUCUAAAGUGGUCAUCAAAUGUUGCACCAGACGUCUCAGCUACAUCACUUCUGCGAAACAUUUACAACACGUUAUGUCAGUGCAGGAAUCUCGCACGCAGAACAAGCGAUGCGAAAUAUGAAUAUAUAAAACUACUCCCUACAUUAGUAGAGAUGUCCAGUGCUUCAACUUCCAUGGAUUCGACCGAACAGGGAACGGAGGAUAGCACCAGCACUUUGGUAGCUAAAUCAAACAGUCUGACAUCUGUCGCAUCGAUUGAAUAAAAACAUAGGAGCAGCUGCAUUUCAAAAGAGAUUGUCCUAAAUGAACUGUUUAUCUGAUCUUUUAUCAAUUCUUGGUAAAAUAUUAGUGGUACAUGCUGAUUAUUAUUUUAAAAUUUGAGGCAAUCUGUAGUACAUUUGCAUUGUACAAACUUAUACGAAUAUGUUUUCAUACCCAAAGGAUUGUAUAUUUGGUGUUUGUUGGCACAGAUAUAAAAUGUUCACAAAUAAAAUAGCCA